AUAUAUGUCUUCAUUUCAUAGAAGGCRUCAAUACUUUGAUUUAGUCCAUAUGAAAAUGAAGCAAGAUUCKGCUAGGAACGCUGCAUACACUGUGGAUUGUGAAGACUAUGUGCACGUCGUAAAAUUCAAUCCAUUUGAUAGUGGAGACUCGUGUGCCCUAAUUGCAUAUGGUGGCAAUAAUUACGUCGUUGUGGGAACUUGCAGAUUUCAGGAAGAAGAUGCUGAAGUGGAAGGGAUGCAGUAUAAAACACUAAGAACAUUUCACCAUGGAAUUCGAGUUGAUGCCAUAGCAUGGAGUCCAGAAACUCGACUUGAUGCUUUACCUCCYCAGUUAAGAUUUUGUACUGCAGCUUCUGAUAAGAAGUUAAGGCUAUUCACUUCAGAUCUGCAGGACAAGAAUGAAUAUAAGGAAUUUGAUGGCCACUCAGAUUACAUAAAUGAUCUGGUGUUUGCUCCCAAAGAAGGUCAGGAAGUUGCAAGUGUGAGUGAUGAUCAUACAUGCAGGGUCUGGGAUUUGGAAGGAAAUGAGAAGGCCCAUUUUGUUUUACGUUCUCCUGGAAUGAGUGUUUGCUGGCAUCCUGAGGAGGCCUUUAAGCUGAUGGUAGCAGAGAAGAAUGGAACAAUACGAUUCUAUGACCUGCUAACGCAGCAGGCAAUUCUGUCUCUGGAGUGUGAACAGAAACCACUGAUGUCAGCAGACUGGUGUUUAAAGAAUACUCUUAAAAUUGGAGCAGUUGCUGGAAGCGAUUGGCUAAUUUGGGAUAUUGCUCACUCCAGUUAUCCACAAGAUAAGAGACCUGUCCACGUGGAUCGAGCCAGAUUAUUCAGAUGGUCCCGAGUGAAUGAAAAUCUGUUUGCGACCACUGGAUUUCCAGGAAAGACAAAUACUCAAGUCCUGGUUCAUCAUUUAGGACAUCCACAGCCCAUUCUUAUUGGCACUGCAGCUGUAGGAUCUGGCUUGACCUGGCACAGGACUCUUCCAUUAUGUGCCGUCGGAGGAGAUCAUAAAAUUUUCUUUUGGGUGACUGAAAUGUAAAAUAAGCAUUUAUUUUGAUUAUUAAACUUCACACCCUGAUGUCCUUUAUGCAUAAAACAUAAA